AUGACCGAGAAUAAUCGCUACGGCAGCUUCAAUGAGCACAUUGUUCACCUUCAAGCACUGUACAAUGAAUUUGAAAUGUUCAUUAUCAAGUUCGGAGAAAAAUACCUAUUCCUUGAUGAUUUAAGUAACAUUGACCAGUCAUUUGUCGAGGAGUCGGCAGCCGACGAUAAUGGGCAAGACAUAAGCAAUUACGACUUUAGCAAUGACGGCUUCAAGUCCACCGUCACCACUCAAAUGGGCGGCAGUAGUACUCGAAGUAGUAGUGUCGAUCUCCGACAGAAGAUGGCAUUACGGUUUCGGAAGAUCGCCGAAGUUUAUAACACUUACGCCGAUAAGUUGCAUGAACUGCUUGACAAACCCGAGCUGGAGCAGCUAGACUCGUUGAUGCGUCGCUAUGAGUCGAUUACCAACAACUGGAUUAGCUCAGCUAUCAAAGCGCUGCACUGCAUCAAGUCGCGACCCAACUGUCUCAAUAUCCUGAUCUCUUCGUCGCCGCUCAUUAAAACCUUAUCUAAAGUAAUGCUUUUCAAGCUCAGUCCCUACUUUGCGGUAAACAACAUUUACAGUUACACUAAAUCAACCAAAGAGCACAUUCUAAAUCGAGUAGUCAACCGUUACGGUACUGCAUGUCCCUACAUCAUCAUCGGCAAGUCUGAUGAUCAAAACAUUUCCCAGAAG